UUUGUGUUCGUCAGAGAACAAACUCUUGCAAAAGGCAAGUUCGCGGCGUUAUGUCGUGCACGUCGACGCGUUCUCAGUGUCGUGGGACGCUUCGUACCUGUUCAAACUCUUCCAGUUUCUACUCCGUUUUUGUUUUUUUAGUGCAAACAUAAAUAGAGGAGUAAACGGCGCCACGCGCCGCCCGGAGUAACGGUCCCUGCUACUUUCGUGGUACCGCAGCCCAAUAAUAAUAAUAAUAAUAAUAAUAAUAAUAGUAAUACUAUAAUAGUAAUAGUAAGGCUCAUCUCUGGUAGACUCACUGAUCUUGGCGUCACUAACAACCUCGACCUGGCCACAUUUUUUAUACGAUUACCGAAUAAGAGUAAGAACAGCGCGAGGAGGAGGAAUAAGUCUUUAUGAAUGAGAUCACGAAAAGUGUGCGUGUCGUGCACACGAGGUUCAUGCUUUGUUUGAUUCUUGUGUGUUUUUAGAAGUUUAUUCACUAUAGCAACGACACAAAUACAAACAAGAAAAAAGUCGAUAUGACCGAUAAUUACUUGCACUUCUAUCCGAUAUCACCGAUCCCUCACUGAUGAGUAUGAGUAUGUUAUUUUGCAUUACUUUGUUAUUAAGGUGCUCGAGCUGAAUGAGUGCACCUUCUUGAACCGUGUUAACACGAAAGAGGAACGCUUGUUCUGGCACUGAUGUAGGGAGACGGGGUCCACAUGCUCCGCGAGUGACUGCGCGCCGGUGGACUAUGGGAUCCUGGGUGUCUUAGGAAGCGAAUGAGCGGGCGUUUUACCAGUUUUGUGCACAAAUAAAAAUGGCAAACUCGACGGGGAAAAAUCAGCCAGAUCAGCGAAGGAAAGGACUGGCUUUCCUGGACGAACUGCGGCAGUUUCACCAGAGCAGAGGCUCGCCGUUCAAGAAGAUCCCGGUGGUGGGUGGGAAAGAGCUGGAUCUGAACGCGCUCUACACCAGAGUCGUUUCUCUGGGCGGAUUCGCGAAGGUUUCUGACAAGAAUCUGUGGAGUGAACUCGGCGAGGACUUCAAUUUCCCGAGGAGCUGCUCGAACGCUGCCUUCGUGCUCAAGCAGUAUUACCUGCGCUAUCUGGAGAAGUAUGAGAAGGUCCAUCACUUUGGUGAGGAUGAGGAGGAAGCUCAACCCGGCAAUCCCAAGCCAUCUCUUCCAGUGGGAGCCGUCCCCUGCUCCUACAACUACCAGCAGCAUGUUGUACCAGAUUACCUUCGACAGAGCUAUGGCUUGUCCACAGAGUUCGCCCCACCGUCUGACUACAACAAGCUCGUCCUAGCCCUUCUCUCUGGCCUCCCAAAUGAAGUCGACUUCGCCAUCAACGUUUGCACUCUGCUCUCCAAUGAGAGCAAGCACGUCAUGCAGCUUGAGAAGGAUCCCAAACUCAUCACGCUGCUGCUGGCACACGCCGGGGUCUUUGAUGAUACUUUAGGAAGUUUUUCAGUAGUAUUUGGAAUGGAUUGGAAGGAGAAGACCUCUCGUGAUUUUGUGAAGUUUUGGAAGGAUAUUGUGGAUGAUGCUGAAGUUCGGGACCUCAUUUCAGACAAGAGCAUCAAACCACAAGAUGGUACCCAAAGGGAGGAGAGCUGGGAUGUCCUCUUCCACCCUCCACGGGACGUCGGCAUUAGUGAUAUCGAGGGCCAGAGAGUGCUCCAGAUCGCUGUUAUCCUACGCAACCUUUCAUUUGAGGAGGCGAAUGUCAAGCUUUUGGCAGCUAAUCGCACUUGUCUGAGGUUCCUCUUACUGUGUGCUCACUGUGGCUUUGUUUCGCUGCGGCAGCUGGGGCUGGACACGCUGGGCAAUGUUGCAGCUGAGCUCCAGCUGGACCCUGUUGAUUUUCGAACAACGCAUCUUAUGUUUCACACCAUCACCAAAUGUUUAAUGUCUCGGGAUAGGUUCUUGAAAAUGAGAGCCAUGGAAAUUCUGGCAAACCUCAGUAAAGGCGAAGACAAUGGAGUUCUCAUCUGUGAGUAUGUGGACCUGGAGUCCUACAGAGAGGUGAUUUGCCACCUCACUCUCCCUGACGUGAUGCUAGUUAUCUCCUCGCUGGAGGUCCUGUACCAGCUGGCUGAGCUGGGGGAGCUCACCUGCACAAAGAUCGCUUCUGUGGACAGGAGUAUAGAUCUUUUGGUACGACUCGUGUCGGUGGACAUCCAUACCUUCGGGCCAGAUGGCGUGCUGGGCGUGAAGCUCAUUGAGCACCAGAGCUCAAGCAGCCAGACCUUGUCUGAGGUGCGAUCCCAGCUGGCAGAGCACCUGCCCAUGCAGGUGCAGAGCACACCUGCACCAGGUUCACGGCUCCCUGUGCAGGCGGGUCCUGCUCCGCCCGGCAUUGUUGAGAUUGAUGGAGAGAAGUUUACAACUCAGUGGUUGAACGCACACUUUGAAGCGAACAGCGACAGCUCUGUCUCCCGUUCGGAGAUGUACUCCGAGUACCUGUCCACAUGCAGCAAACUGGCUCGUGCCGGUAUCCUGACGUCCACUGGCUUCUACAAAUGCUUAAGGAAUAUUUUCCCAAACCACACAGUGAAGAGGGUAGAAGACCCCAGGGCAGCUGGGCAGGGCCAUAUUCAUGUGGUAGGCAUCAGAAGGAGGACAAUACCCCUACCGGUACAACUGUACUGGCAGCAGCAGCAAGGAUUGGUACCCGGGCAGAGGCAAGAGACAGUUGCAGAGCCUCCGCAGGUGCCACCGUCAGGCUUGCCUCAGGGGGCUUCGUACCACCAGACACCAGUCAGCCUUACUGGGAACCCAGCCUUUGCGACGCAAGGAGGGCCUGGCCCAGCUCCAGCUAUGCCCCGGAUGCCCCAGCAGCACCAGAAUCCCAUUGUGACUGGAGUAUCUGGGAAACCAGCUCCAGCCCAUAUCUCUGUUCCGGUCACUGCAGUCCUUCCGGGCCAUCCAGCAGUCCCGAACCACAGCACGGUGGCCCAUCCAUCAAGCGCUGUGGUUUCCACCCAGCCUGUGUUGCAGCCAUCACCCGUCCUCUCGUCCACACCUGUCACCGUGUUCCAGCAAGGCCUCUCCCAGCCCCAUGUCCUGACGGGCCGGGUGCAGAGCGUCACCUCCCCCAUUCCUACCCCCUUGGGACAACCAGCAGCAUCCUCAGCCCCUCAGCCUGGCUCCCAUGUCCCACAGCAGGAGGCUGUUGUUGUAGCUUCCCAGCCAUAUGCAGCUGCCUCUGUCCCCUGCUCAUCACUUCAGAACUUCCAGGUGCCUGGUGGCCAGGUGUUCACCAUUGCUGGCGUGGCCAAUACCCAGGGCUCCCGUGUUACAUUUCAGAAUAUUGCCCCCAAGCCUGUCCCUCCUCAGACACCACUAUUGGCCCAACCUGCCCCACAACCCACUCAGCCAAUGCCACCUCAGCAGCAGGGUGUCGUCAUUGUUGGUGCUGCCCCUCAGCAGGGCCAGGCCUUUGCACCUGCCAUCCACCAGAUAGUUCUGGCCAACCCUUCCACAGUGCCCAGCGGCCAAACUGUUCAGUUUCCUGGGCAACCGGGCAUUCCCCCUGCUGCUAGCCCGUCCUCUUGUGCCCCAGUGGGCAGUCAAGUGCCCCACGGUGUUUCCCAGGGGCCGCUGCCCACAGUCAGCCAGAUGCUUUCAGUAAAAAGGCAGCAGCAGCAACAGCAGCUCCAGCUCCACCAGCCCCCACCAGCCCAGCCUACCUCCACAGAAUCCAGUCUGAUCAAACAGUUACUCCUUCCAAAGCGAGGUCCCUCGACUCCAGGGGGGAAGCUCAUCCUCCCCGCACCCCAGAUUCCUCCUCCAAAUAACACGAGGGCCUCCAGCCCACAGGUGGUGUACCAAGUUGCCAACAGCCAAAGCCCCGGUUUCAGCGUACAGGGACCAGCACAGCCACAGCAGCUGCUUCUUCCCAGCCCCCUUCAGUCCCAAGGGGCGGUCCAGACGAUGCCCAUCUCCAAUCUACAGUUGCUGCCUGGACAGCUCAUCUCCACUAGUAGCCCUGCAACCAUAAUCCAAGGUACUCCUGGUAACCAGGUGACUUUCGCAGUGGUGCCAAAUACUGGUUUUAACACGGCAGCAGUUAGUCCAGGAAGCGGUACCCAGAUUGUGGCUCCAGCUGGUGUCCCACUCGGUGGGUCCCAACCAGCAGUGGGCUUGCACAUCCAGCCACUUAACCCGUCUCAGCCGAGGCCAACAAGUCCAGCCCCCAUGCCGCCUUUCAGAGGGGACAAGAUUAUCUGCCAAAAGGAGGAGGAGGCCAAAGACGCAACGGGGCUGCACAUACAUGAACGCAAAAUCGAGGUGAUGGAGAACUCCUCUCUUGUGGAGGGCUCCACCAAGGCGAGCAAUGGGAGCGCCGUGGAGGCCGACGGGACUGCGGGCAAACUGGUGAACGGGAGAAAAAGCACGGACUCAAGUCUACCUCCUUUCAACUCAGGGAAAAACCAGUCGGAGGCCAGCGAGUGCGCACAGGUGAAUGGGCCGCAGCCCGAGGUCAAUGACAGCCCCGCCAACGGGAUGCAGGCGAAGGGACAGGUUGAUGUGCAGGAGUCCAACAGUGACUUGAAGAAAGGCCUUGUAAAUGGUGUGUGUGACUCUGAUAAAGGAGAUAGUUCUCAUUUCAGCAAAAACAUUCCAAAUCACAAAGCUUCCAAACACUUGGGAAACGGGGAAAUCCUUCGACAGAAGCCGCAGAAGAACCCAGACCCUUCACAGCAAGACACUGCCAAAGCAGAUCCGUCGGACCGAACGCCGAAUGGGCCUCUGCCGGUCAGCAGUUUCCUGCAUGGCGCCAAUGUGCAGCCGGGAACGGCGCCCUUUGUCUGCUCGGAGGGUACCAGCAAUAGCGCCGAGCUCACCAACGGACCUGUGGGGUUGAGCUCUAGCUUGGACCUGCCCCCACUGAAGCAGCAGCAGCAGCCGCAGCAGGCCCUGCCCCCCGUGGCCCCGGCCUUGCCGCAGCCCUCGCCGACCAAUGGCUCCGGUGACGGUCGAGGUGUGAAGCGGCUAGCUGACGACACAGACAGGGCAGCUAUUUCGGGGAUACCCAAUAAAGUUGGGGUGCGGAUAGUGACUAUUAGCGACCCCAACAAUGCUGGCUGCAGUGCGACGAUGGUGGCUGUGCCAGCAGGUGCUGACCCAACUGCUGUGGCGAAAGUAGCAAUAGAAAACGCAGCUCAGCAGAAGCAGAACCCACCUUCGUUUGUGCAGUCUGGGGCAUCGCAGACUUCACCUACGCCGUCAACACCUCCACCUCCCCCUCCCCCACCUGCCCAGAUCAGCACAGGGAACUCUGGCCCUCCUGUGGCCGGACCCCAGGCCCCAGCGGAACCAGCAGAACAGGCCCGGAAGCCAGGGCAGAACUUCAAGUGCUUGUGGCAGUCCUGUAAAAGGUGGUUUGAGACCCCAUCGCAGGUGUUCUACCACGCGGCCACCCAGCACGGAGGGAAGGACGUCUACCCUGGCCAGUGUCUCUGGGAAGGCUGUGAACCUUUCCCUCGACAGAGGCUUUCUUUCAUCACCCACUUGCAGGACAAGCACUGCUCACGGGAUGCUUUGCUGGCUGGCCUGAAGUUGGAGGAGCAGAUGUUAAACAGCAGUCAGAACACUUCCAAGCCCCCAUCUGAGAGUACCCCGACGCCGAGGCCCCCCAAGACGGUAGCCAGUCACCCCAGCGCUGCCCUCAUGGCUCUGAGGCGCGGCUCCCGCAACCUGACCUUCAGGGACUUCACUGAUGAGAAAGAGGGACCAAUAACCAAACACAUCAGACUGACUGCUGCCUUAAUAUUGAAGAACAUCGCUAAGCAUUCAAGCUGUGGCCGAAAGUUGGUGAAGAGGUACGAGAGCCAGCUAUCCGUGCUGGCGCUCAGCAACAUGGAGGUGUCCACCACGCUUGCCAAAUGCCUUUACGAACUCACCCACUCCCUGCAGGCGUGAGCCGAGCCGUGACUCUUAAUUCGGACCCAGGCUCGCCACCCGAGGCAACUCUGCUUCUCUUCCACGGACCGAAGGAGAGCGGUUGGAUACAAAACAAAGGAGAAGGACGCUUGUGGUGGUGUCACUGAAGGUGGGGAAAGGGGAGGCUACAGGCUGGAGAAGCCCACUGCUCCCAUGAUGCUCUUGAGGGCCUUUUUUCCACAAACUGCCACAGGAUCUUCCACCAGCUGUCUGGGAGGGCCUUUUAGAUAGCGCUCUGCGGGAGAGUCUCCUUACCAGCCACAAAGUCCAUACUUUACAAUCAGACCAGAUUUGUAUUCCCAGACCAAUAUGAGCACAUUUUUGUAACCCUGGGACUGUUCAGCUGAACUGGUUUGAAUAUGAGUUUCAGUGGGGCUUGAUUGGGACUUGGACAAAGUUGGUGCUGCAGCUAAUGACUGGAUAGAUUGCUUUUCUUCACAACCCGGUAGCUUGGUUUUCUUACUUGAGCCGAUAUAUUUUCACUUAUUUAUUAUUAAAAUAAAUACCAAUAUGAUUAAAUGAAAAUCUUGUAAAUGUCUGUGAAUAUUUAUAUAUACAUAUAUAUAUAUAGAUAUAUAAAUGAGAAAUGAACCCAUUUCCAUGCCGCUGCAGCCACAGACGUACGUGCUCUGUGGUGCCAUAAAAAAGCAUUACUUUGGUAGUUUUUUAAUGCUCCCUGUCAGUUGUAUCAAAUGUGAUGUAUACUCAGCAGUGGAUGAAUGUUCUUAGAAAACUGUACAUAGUUCUGCAAAGGUACUGAUGCUGUAAAGUUUGGGGGGAGGGAGGGGGGGCAGUUUUUGUGGAACUCUGGUAUUUUUUGUAAUAUACCUUGUAGAACUCAUUUUGCUGGCUGAAAGAGUAUGGAAUAAUAUAUCUUGUCAUUUUUGUAGAAGAAAAACUAUUCAAGAUAUUUUUCCCCCCUAACAUGUAUCCAUUGUAAAAGUUGUCAUUGUACAAGCUCAGUGCUUGAACAAAUUCUUUUGUAUUUGUAAAUUGGUUUAAAUACAUGGAGUUUUAUACAGGUUUUCUCCUGUGUUAUAUUUGCUUUUUUGUGCAGGUAUGAUAUUUUCUUCACUACCUUUUCUAUCUUAAUAUAGUGUGGAGUUUUAUUAUACUAUUUUUUUUUUUUUCUUUUCCAUUCUUACUGUCAUGCCACAUUCCGGCUCUCGUCCCCCAGCUGUCUCCUUUACAGCGUGUUGUGUGACAUUUAUAACUGCCUGUUGUAUUAGCAUCCGAACGGGGGGUCCUUGUCCCCUCACCAUUUCUGCUGUGUCAGUAGGGUGUGCGAUAUGAAUAGACCUAACAGUCUGUUAGAGAUUUGCCUUUAUUUACUUUGGUGACUGUUUAUAGUUUUUAAAUAAAAGACUGAACCUUUUUUUUGUCUUUUCAUUUUGAACUCUUAACCACAGCUGUCUUGAUGCUCUAUAGUUUGACCACACAGACCAGACAAGGUCAGGCUGUUAAAUAUUUUUUUAUAUUGAAAAUCAGUUACUUUUAUUUUCCAUAAAAUUUGUACACUUGUGACACCAAUAAAGCUGAUCAUCUUUCAAAAAAGACCUUAAAUACAUACUGGUCCUUUGUUUAAAAACAUUUUUCUUGUGACAGGUCAGGACAGCAUGUAGUAAAGGUUGGAAUUUAAUCCGUUGAUAGGUGCUGGAAGCGGCUCCUGUUGUGCCACUGA